UCAUUUUCUCACUUCCUGGAGAAAAUUGUCUCGUACUCUGUAGUUUCCGGAACUUUAUCUUGACUUGAAUACAACUCGGUGCCAGGGACGUGCCUUACGUGAUGACGCUCUACGUGUCGUCACCGCGUCGUGCUCACGCUCCUGCUCCUGUGCUGUGCUAGCUAAGUGGCUACUUUCUGUACCGCUGCCUGCCUCCUGUUGUUGUGACCCGAGGGACACUAACUAUAAAUCCCGGUAAACUUUAAUUAGAAAAACAUUUUCCGGAGCGCCUGAGUGUCCGUGUCGGGCCGUCGCAAUGGCUCUGCAAGGCCCGGAGGAGCUGGGGGAGCAGGUCGAAGAGCCGGAGGAUCUGGACGACCAGGACGCUAGUAGCAUCUCUCCGGCCGAGGAGAUAACGCUGCCUCCCGGGCCUGGAGGCGACGAUGAGCCGGAGGAGGCUCUUCUGUUGCCCUGGGACCGCUUCUCCGCCUGGCUGCACUGCAUCUGUGUGGUCGGCUUCGACCUGGAGCUGGGACAAGCGGUGGAGGUGAUUUAUCCUCAUCAUUCCAAACUGUCAGAGAAAGAGAAAACGAGCAUCUGCUACCUUUCCUUUCCUGACUCCAACUCAGGUUGCCUUGGCGACACCCAGUUCUGUUUCCGCUUCCGCCAGGGUUCGAACAGGAAGUCAUCGCUGGGCUGCUUCCUGGAAACCACCGACAGGGACGCACCGCCCUGUCUGAAGAGAGAACAGGGCCAUUACUACGGUUACGUAUACUUUCGUCAGGUGCGAGACAAAUCCCUGAAGAGAGGAUACUUCCAGAAGUCUCUGGUCCUGAUCAGUAAGCUGCCCUAUGUGACCUUCUUCCACUCCCUGUUGAAAAUCAUGGCUCCAGAAUACUUUGAGAAACAGGAGCCCUGUCUGGAGGCUGCUUGUAAUGAUAUAGACCGCUGGCCGGCGCCCCAUCCUGGACGAAUCCUCACGCUGCCCAUCAUGGGCGUGGUCAUCAAGGUUCGCAUCCCAACCUGUUACGACAAACCAGGAACCUCACAGCUGGUCCAGUCCGGGCAGAGUGACAGUCAGGUGUCCAUCGUGCUCCCAACCAUCCAUGAAGUCGAUCUCUUCAGGUGUUUCUACCCAGUUUUCUUCCACAUCCAGAUGCUGUGGGAGUUGGUGUUGCUAGGGGAGGCACUCGUUGUCAUGGCGCCGUCGCCCGCAGAGUCGUCAGAUACUGUGCUGGCACUGGUCAGCUGUAUCUCUCCUCUGCGUUACUGCAGUGACUUCAGACCGUACUUCACAAUCCACGACAGCGAGUUUAAGGAGUACACCACCAGGACGCAGGCUCCGCCCUCAGUCAUUCUGGGAGUGACCAAUCCCUUCUUUGCUAAAACCCUGCAGCACUGGCCGCACAUCAUCCGCAUCGGAGACAUGAAGCAAGCAGGAGAGAUGGCCAAGCAGAUGAAAGUCAAAAAACUGAAAAACCUCAAAACUCUGGACUCUAAACCUGGUGUGUACACUGCAUACAAGCCGUACCUGAACAAAGAUGAAGAAAUCAUCAAACAGCUUCAGAAGGGCGUCCAACAAAAGAGACCCUCGCCGGCCCAGAAUGCAAUUCUUCGGCGCUACUUCCUAGAAUUGACACAAAGCUUCAUCAUUCCUCUGGAGCGGUACGUGGCCAGUCUGAUGCCUCUGCAGAAGUCCAUCAGUCCCUGGAAGAGUCCUCCUCAGCUGCGACCGUUCAUCCAGCAGGACUUCAUGAAGACGCUGGAGAAGGCUGGACCUCAGCUCACAUCCAGACUGAAAGGAGACUGGAUAGGACUCUACCGGAAUUUCCUCAAGUCUCCCAACUUUGACGGUUGGUUCCGCAACAGGAGGAGAGAGAUGACCCAGAAACUGGAGGCUCUGCACCUUGAGGCGCUGUGUGAGGAGGAUCUGCAGCAGAGAGUUCAGAUGCACUCUGAGGUGGAGACAGUCGACCUGGUUCUGAAGCUGAAAGAUAAACUGACUCAGGCGGAGAGGGAGCAGCUCCCGGUGCGUCCGGGGACUGUGGCCAAACUGAGAGCCCACAUCGAGGCCGUCAUCCUGGCCUUACCAGAGGACCUGCAGGGCAUCCUCCACAAGCCCUCCACACCCUGACCUUUAACCCCUCGGUCUGCAACUCUAACCCACGUUUGAGCUUGGUUUAAAGUUUGGGGGGGGUCGGUGGCUCCCAUGUGGAUGGACCCCUGUUUUUUAGACUGGAUCACAGUUUGAGGACCUCGUCUUGUCUAACGUGGAAAGCACACGGUGCAUUUUUGUUUCCCUAAAUUCACAUCCAACUUCAGUUAUGUUAUCUUUUCUCCCCAGUCAGCUGCUGUGGCAGCUCAGUGGAUUUUUAGAUUGAAUCUGUCCGUCAGUUAUGAUGUGGCAUACAAACAACCAGCUGGAGCAGGCCGGAGCUGCCCGGCGUGAACUCCUGAAGGAUUUUCAGAAGGUGGAACAGCAUUUAAACCUCACAGGGAGACAUUAUGUGAAGAAUGGAGCGCUUGAUGUAUUUCUGAUUCAUCACAGCUUCAGUCUUCAGUGUGCAGCUUGAAGAGGUUGGUCUGAGUCUGUGGCGGCCUGUUUGCAAAAGGAUUUAUCAUCAGCUUUGAGGUAAGAGCAUGAAGAUGAGCCCAGCUGACCCUCAGCAUUUUUACCUCUUGACGUGUUUUUUUUUUUUUAUUACUUUUUUUAACUUGACGAUGGACUGCUGCAGUCCAGUGGAACUGACUUUCAGAGUUUUUCAUCCAUUUUUAAGAAAUGUUUUUAAAAGAAGUGCACUUCAUCGCUAACCGGACCAGUGUGCCCUUCACACACACACACACACACACACACACUCACACACACACACACACACUUAUGCAAACAAACUGAACCGAGCAGAGCCAAGCAGUGCUUUAUAAUAACAUUUUACUACAGUGUUAACACACAGAGCAUUAAGCACCAGCGAUGCUGUAAUAACUGCCGAUGCAGUAAUCGGCUCUUGUCUUGGGUGCUGUGGGAGCCAAUCACAGCCCUGUAACCACGUCACAUGAUCAUCAUCGUCAUCACAGUCUGAGGAAAUAUCUAAAACUGUCCUGGAAUGUUCAGAAAAUCUUGGUGUGGAGUGUCACAUUUGUAUUUUUCUGAAGACUGAAUUAACUCUGAAUCACUGUUUUUUUUUAUUUUAACUGACUGAUUCUGAGCUCUUCAAAAGGUUGAGGAAAGUCUUUCGCGUGCUGGACUGUGAAACUGUGGGGGCCUGUUUCUAUCAAGAAAGAAAACGGAAGCAAAUGAACAGUUAAAGGUGCACUAUGUAGUUUUGAGGAUGACAUUUUAAGAGAAGUAGCCACUUUGUAGGAUCAGCAGGUGUUCUGGGGACCUUAUUCCCCCCGGCAACGACCUGCUCAUAUGGAAAUGGAUCAAAAAGUAUAACUGAUUAUUACCUUCUUAAUAUUAAUAAUUAACAACUUUCUGAUGUUGAUAUUUCUUCUUCCCUAAAAUGACAUAGUGCUCCUUUGAUUUUCAUCAUGUUCUAAAAUACAAAUGCUAAUUUAAAACCAUGAAAUAUUAACUCAAAAUGUUUCGACACUAACUGAAAGACAUUCUUUUGUCUUUUUUAAGAUAAAAUUAUGAGAUAGUAAGUAAGUGAGUAAAUAAAUUGAGAUAUUGCUAAAGUAUUAAUUAUGAAUUAUGAACAUAAAGUCUGAUAGCUUUUAUUCAUUCACAAUGAGUGACCAUGAAUGUUUUCAUUUCAUUGUCAAUUUUAAAUAUGUCAUUGUUGUUUUUCUUUUCUUUUCCUGGCACAGACGGGCUUUUACAGGGAAACCUCUUUGAUAAACUUGAGCUCAACGCAAUAUGACUUUCCUCACUUUUGACACAAGAAAUACAUUUAUUAAAUCUGACUUCCACACUGCAAAAGUCAUCUAAUUGGAUUAUUUAUGGUUUUAAUUCAUUUGAGAUUUUUUUUUAAGUUACUUUUAAAGAUUCUCAUUUAUUUUGUGCUGUUCAGCAGGAUAUUUUUAGCUCACUGAUUUUGUGAAAUCAAACGUCUCCAGUGGCUCCAGCUGUAUGAAGCUUGGUACUAAAACAUGACUUACAUACACCAGAUGAACCUGCACUCCCUCCUCACAAGCUGCUCUUUCACACUCAGCUGACAUUACUGUUUGACACAGUCAAGGCUGGUUUCUACUUGGGACGAGUUGUGUGACAAAAAUGAAGCAAAGUCAAAAGUUGUAACACAUUUUGAGAGUUUGUAAUCUCACAGAGGAUGUUUCUGUCUCUCGAUGACGAUGAUAUAAAAGUCUCAUGUGCUGGUAUCUGUUGCUCUGAAUGUAAACAAAUAUACGUGAGGAAUGGCCUAUGGUUGCUGUACUAACAGUGUUUUAUAUGUUAUUAUUAUUAUCCUGUUCCUUAAUUCUCAUUACAGUUUACGACAAGUUUAUUCAGGCCUUAACAUUUUCAGAUCCCCCCCAUUACCACAAGUAGAUCAAUCUGAGAUAAAUCACAUAUUAUAGAAUCAUGUGAAAAAGUUAAGUGACAUUACAAUAUUUUUCAUGCUUCACAUAUGAAGAGACGUGUACAUUGUGUUCCAGACAGCAGGUAAAUGAUUACAUGUUAUAGAAAUCCAAAAUGUCCAACAAAAGCAAGGCUCUGCCACUUCAAAUAUUGAGUUUGGUACGGAAGCCCGUUUGCGCCAGUAAAAAGAAAGUUGAGAAUUAAUUUAAAAUGAGAAAAUGUUCUUGGUAAGCUGAAAGUAUUGGACACCAUUUCAUAACUUUGAUAAUGAUAAUCUGUAGUUAGUAUUCCAGAACUUGACUUUGUAAAGAAACUAUUGAUCUAAUUAUGUCAAUUCAUAAUUCAAAUUAGUCAUAAUUCUGAUUAAUUCUGUUUUCUCGACUAUAUCAUAAUUUGAAUUUGGCUUGUCAACGUUAUUUAUUCAUUUAUAAUUGACAAUGAUAAUUCUGACUUACCAUUUCUGUCAUUACAAACUAUUUUCUUUUUUUCUUUUUUCUGUUGGUAAAAAUGUACUUCCACAGUUGCGUGAUAGCUUGGUAAUGGUAAUUUCCAGUUCUCACAUCAGUUGAUCUCCACAAACUUUGACAGAGAAAAUUCCUGCAGUAAUGUCUAAUAACUAACAACCAGACAUGUUGUAACCAGGGUGCUUUUAGGAGAGCUCCUUCAGAUGACUGGUGGCUGCACGGUCUGACAGUGUUUAGUAAACUCUGCUGGCCUGUUUGCAUCACCCAACACUACAGCUAGCAUUGUUUUAACUGGUAUUUAACAGGAGCAGCUUUUUGGUUUGCUGGUGCCUUACUGGAAUGAGAGCAGAACAAAAUGAGAGCAGAACCAAAGACAAUGGAUUCAUCUGAACAAAUGAAUUUUCCUGUGAAGAUUUUCACUGCAGCUCCCAGCUUAAUGUUUGUUCUUACACUAAACUAAAUUCUUUCCGCUGAAGCACCACUUCUGACGAAAGCUGAACUCUUGAUGACCAUCCUGCUCAGGAUCCUCUGUGCUGCCUUCAGACAAUAAAUAAAACUGAAAUUUGUUUUUAGUCGGUUUCUCGGAUGCAUAAAAACUAAAUCCAACAAAAAGUUGUCUAUAAUUAGAGAAAUACCACGAGCUCCAUUCUAAAAAAGGGAUGAUCGGCACUGCUGAGUCCAUGAGCAUCAUUUUGCUGCAUGUUUUAGCCCAUUGACUACAAAUUUUGUUAAUUAAUCCACUUCACUUGCAAUAUAAAAUAUGUAUAUAUUUUUGUUCUCCUCUAUAAACCAUUUGACCAUUCCAUGUCAAAUGUGGAUGUUAAGAAAAAAGUAAUGUCAUUAUCUUAAAAAAGUAAUCUAGCAGCUGGCUGCAUUUUGGAGUUAAAGGGCCAAAAUGUGCAAACCAUCAACAUGGUCCUUAAAAUUAAAAUCAUUAAUUUUAAAGUUUUUUAGGUCUCAAUUAUGUGAACAUAUAAACAUUCCUGGACACCUAACAUUGUAAAAAUUAACACAAUUAUAUACUGUACACUGACAGCAAUAACAACUAAACAGGUCGUUUAAUUUAUUAUAGUAAUUUGUAUCUUCAGAGUAUAAAUGAAUAUUGGCUUAUUAGAAGAAUAUUUGUCGUUCUGGUUUUUGUAGUUUUUUCAAAAUAUAUUUGAAAUGUUAAAUGGACCUAUUGUCAGACAUAUGGAUUGUGUUUUUUUGUGUUACUUUUGAGUCAUUUUCCUUUAAGCCAUCUUGUAACACGUCAUAUAAAUGCUUUGAAAUUUGCUUCUUUUUUUUUUUUUUGUCGAGCAGAAUUGUAAAGAAAAAUAACGAAAAUAUGUGUUCGUUGGAAAAACCUGUGACAUCUGGUUGUUGGGCAACCAUGUAAGUUUUAUAUUUGUAAAAAACAAAAAACAAAACGUAUUUUAACAACGUAGAAUUUUUUAAGGAGGGCUAUACUUGUAUUUCACUCUGUAGAGAAUGAAGAGUUUUGUACAUAAUGGUGUAAAGUGAAAUACUGGCCCAGAUACGAGGAUGUACAAUAAUUAUUUUGGUAUUAAAACAGAUGUCUUACUAAAAUACAGAGAUAUAAAAAAAAGAACUGUUCAAUAUAAUGAUAAUCUACCUUUUUUUUUUUUUUUUUAACGAAUAACGAUGUUGUAGAGACACCCUGACAUUUUGAAUUUGUUGUUAGUUUGCCAACAGCCAACAUGUGAAAAUUUCUCAUUUACAUUGUCAACAUUUGUCAGUUGCUGAUUUUAGCAAGUAAAUAUUUUGCCAGAAAAACACUGCUAAAAGUUUUGUGAGCUGCUAAUAUACAGGGUCAACUCUUUCAGGAUUAAUUUACGGGUUUUGGUGGCUAUUCAACAGACGACGCCACUAAUGUCAUUAACUGCCACACAUAUUUUUUUUUUAAAUAAGGUCCCGUGGUGAUCAACCAGCAGGGUUGUGUCGUCAGCUCUCUAUAUCUUGUUAGCUUGUUGUUUCCUUUGAGUACUGACACUUGCUAGUUUGUUAGCUUUGGCGGCUACCCAGUGAUGUCAGCGAGUCACAGCCAGCUGAUGCGGACAGAAGAACCUUCGUAGCUGUCAAGCUAACUUAGCAUGUUGCUAUCUUCAACAUGUAACGCUAACAGUACUUUAAAGGUGUUAUCCUGUCAAAGAGACAAAAUAUUUGUCCGACAUGUAAAUUGAGUGCUAUUGGGAAGAAAAAAAAAGAACAAGACACUACAAAUUCAAAAUGUCAGCGUAAGCUAAUAAAAGCUCAUUAUAGCCAUUAUGUUGCAUAGCUACACAUUAUUUUGCUCCAUUGACAAUCUCACUAUGUUUGUUGAAGCCAUAUUAACCACUACACUAAACCACUCUGACGGCCUGAAGGACUACAGUUUUACUAAAAGGAGCCAGAAGAGGUGUUACAGAGAAAACAGUGGCUAUAAAUUGCUCUGUAUUGUUUCACAUGAUGGCCUAUUGGGGUUUUUGUAAGCACAUUCAAAAAUUGUUAUCACAUUCUUAUGUUAAACUUAUUGUAACUUGAAGCUUUUUGGAUUAUAUUAUCACUGCUGAUUGUCUUUCAUGACAUUGUUUUGCUUUUCAAGUAUUAUAAUAAAUUCACACAGCAGCCAUUCUGAAUAUUUGGGAUUUUUUUUCUGUCUAGAAGACGAGCUAACUCUGCACUUAACAGCAUCUUCAUGUCACAGUUUUAAGUGGAAAAACACACUAAAUCAAAUUGACUACAAGAAUCAAGAAGAAUAUAGGUUCUAGUAGCUAGUGUUAGCUCACACUGGGUUAACAUUAGCUAAGUCUUGUGCUGUAGAGAGCAGCUGGUUAGCUUUACAGCUACCUGUUAGAAUAGCUGUUAAAAUAAAACCAUGUGUUCUUUUAUUCAGAGUAGUUUCUGACCAAAUUAUCAAGAAGGCUGCUGUGAGAAUAACGUCAGAGGGAAUUUUUCAUUCAACAUUUCAGGUUUGGCGAGGUCCUUGAUUGUAUAUUUUUAAAAAAUUAUUGUUUGACUUAUUUUCUGUUUCUGCACUGACAGUAACAGCUGACAUGACUUCAACCAUGGUGGUUAUUUUUGUCAUUAAACAAACAGCUUCCAUUUUGA